AUGUGGAAUCCUCCGAAUGGUAUCAGCGAGGAUUGUUUGAAUAUGAAUAUAUGGGUACCGGCAAAUCACGAUGGUUCCGUUCUCGUUUGGAUUUUCGGAGGAGGUGAGUCAAGGAUAAUUUCUUUUUAUGCAAAAAUUGCUAGGAAGGGAACAAAGAACUUUUCCCUCUACGACCUAUAA